CGCGGGCCGUGGGGCAGCGGGGCGUGGAGUGCGCAUGCGCUGGCGCAGCGCGGGCUGAGCGAGCGGGUUGUAAUUUUGACCUCCUCCUUGCAUGUUGGAAGGUGGUGUACAAGUUUGUUGUGACUGGCUGUAGAAACUGAAUCAGAAUGCCUACUCUUGAACAUCCAGAGUAUCCUGAAGCAACUCUGCUUCACUUGGAAAGUAUAAUGCCCUGUCGAGAAUCCCAGAUGUCCACUUUGCUGUCAGUAUUUGGAGAGCGUCAGCAAUAUAGCUUCCCAUCUAUCUUUAUCUAUGGACAUACAUCCAGUGGAAAGACUUACGUGCUGCAAACUCUUCUAAAAACACUAGAGCUUCCUCAUGUAUUUGUGAACUGUAUUGAAUGCUCUACUUCAAGGCUUCUUCUAGAGAAAAUUCUGAGCCAGUUGCAGAGCCUUUCUUCUAAGACUAAACAUGCUUCACACAUAUCCUGCGACACUUUGAAUCAGUUUGUAUGUCUAUUUAAGCAAGAGAUUAUGGCUGAAGAGCUACAGAAUGAAACAAUAUACAUUGUACUGGAUAAAGCAGAACAGCUGAGGGAAAUGGAGGCAAAUGUGCUGCCAGCAUUUCUUAGACUACAAGAACUGGCAGACAGAAAUGUGACUGUCAUCUUGGUCACUGAAAUUGUAUGGGAACUGUUCCGUCCAAAUACAGGAUGCUUUGAACCAUUCACCUUAUAUUUUCCUGACUAUAGCAUAGGACACCUGCAAAAGAUUCUGUCUCAUGAUCAUCCUCCAGAGUAUUCUGCUGAUUUCUAUGCUGCCUACAUUAACAUUCUCCUUGGUGUCUUCUACACAGUCUGCAGGGAUCUGAAAGAGCUUCGACAUCUGGCUGCACUAAACUUUUCUAAGUACUGUGAACCAGUGGUCAAGGGAGAAGCAAACGAACGUGAUACACGUAGACUCUGGAAAAAUAUUGAAUCUCAUUUAAAGAAAGCAAUGCAGACUGUUUAUCUCCGGGAAGUAUCAAGCUCACAGUGGGAGAGACUACAACAGGAUGAUGGAGAACCUGGACAAGUAAAAGGACUUUCUGCACAUACGCAUGUAGAACUUCCUUAUUACUCCAAAUUCCUACUUAUAGCUGCUUACCUUGCUUCCUACAACCCUUCUCGGUCAGAUAAAAGAUUCUUCCUUAAGCAUCAUGGGAAAAUGAAGAGGACAACAUUUCUGAAAAAACAUGAAAAGACCAGCAAUCACCUACUUGGGCCAAAGCCAUUCCCUCUGGACAGACUGUUAGCAAUAUUAUAUAGUAUUGUGGACAAGAGAGUUGCGCCGACUGGAAAUAUAUUUUCCCAGAUCAGCUCUCUUGUGACACUGCAGCUAUUAACCUUAGUUGGCCAUGAUGACCAACUUGAUGGACCAAGAUACAAAUGUACUGUCUCUCUCGAUUUCAUCAGAGCUAUUGCAAGGACCGUGAACUUCGACAUAAUAAAGUACUUGUACGAUUUCUUGUGAAAACAAGCUUCACAGCCAUAUGGACACUGUGACAAUGACUAAGGCAAGCUGUGUUCAUCUAUCUACUUAGCUGGCCAGGGAGAAGAGUGUUUUGGCUCUUUUGGAUUUGUCCAAACAGGUGCUGGCCCAGCAUGGCUUCUUAUGAAAAUACUCUGAUUGGUCUGGGUGGAUCUGAGCAGAGGACUAUUUACCAGGGACCCUGGAGUAUUUGGAAGCAAUGUGUUAAUUAUAAACAGCAGGGUUUGAGCACAAUCUGUUCUACUCUUAAUGAUGUUAUCUUAACACUGAAAUUGCCUGAAACCCAUUUACUUAGGACUGCAUUUUGCUCUAUGAACUAUCCCCUGUGCUUUGAACAUGGCAGCAGCCCUUGUUUGUGUGCCCAGUCUUUUCACUUCCUCUCCACAGGAAUCUUUGCAAUUGCCUGCCAAAGUAGCUUUUCCUAAGGCCACCAUUUUAAGAGAGUGGAGUAGCAAAAUAUAAUAAACAUAAGUGCAUGUUUAAAAUCAA